ACUUCUGUAUUCUUUGGUAUUGUUUUCGUAUUAUCCCAGAAUGUCAAAUAAAGUAAAUCGUAAAACAUUCCAAAGCAAAAGUAUAUAAAUAUAUUUCUAGAAUUAUAUAAAAGUGUGGUAAUCAUAGGAUAAUUGUUGUUCAUUGUCAAAGUGUAUAUAUUAUUGUAAUGAGUAAUUUAAUUGAUGCACAUUGGUUUCCAUUGGCUUCCCAAAGCAAUAUUUACUCAAUGACACAGUUAUGUUCACUCAGUGGAGUUAACAAAGUUUUGGUAGCAUCUUUAAAAAGAAAGAUAUACUCGUGUGAAUAUCAUAUUACGCCAAAAUGGAAUUUGAGGCCAGUAGUCAAGGAAUUACUCUUCACGUAUAUUCCCAAUGGGGCUGAGAUUAUUGCCAUUGAUGCUUAUAAUAAAAUGGAUGUGGGCGAUGGAUUUGUAAUUGGAAUAACUAUUAUUAAAACGAGCACGAAUACAUCUAUUGAAAGAUAUUUGAAUAUUUAUUCUGAAGGUGUUGUUGAUGGAGAAAGCGAUGAAAAUAGUACAAUUGAAACUAUCGCUCAAAAUUGUCUUAUGGUUGAGCUAUCGUAUACUCCAUAUCAUUUAUAUCAUACAAUAUUACCACAUCAACCUUCUGGCAAUGAGGUGAUUUGGUUAAUUUCUGGAAGCGAUUACAAGAUUCAUAUGAUUAUGGAAGAUAAAUUAACUCACGGUUACAUUGAACCAUCCAUUGAGAAAUAUUUUCCUGAAUUGCAUAAUAUUCAAGCUAUUUGCUUAUGGAUAAGCGUUUAUUAUUUUGAUAACUAUAAAUGGCGACUCAGUGCAAUUGGAUGCGAGUGUGGUCUAGUCAAAAUAUCUUUAGUUGACGUCUUAGAAAUACAAAUGGUUAGAAAUUGGUCAUUGAGAUAUGAUAAGCCAAUUUCAAGCAUACAUAUAUUUCCUCAUAGAAAUAAUAUACCUCCACCAUCGUCAUUAAAUUAUGAAUGUAAAUCUAAAGAAUUAUUCUCUGAUGAGGACCCAAUAUUGAAUAUUCUGAUUAGUAAUACAAGUAACGCUAUUGUCUUUAUGGAUAUUUUACAUUGCGGAAUGGAAAAAGAUAUGAUAUUAAAUUGCAGCGAUUUAUCAGAUUGUAUAUUGUGUACAUGUGUUGCAGAUAUAAACAUGGAUGGUCAAAAUGAAAUACUCUUAGGUACAUAUGGACAGGAAGUUUUAAUUUUUGCAUUAUCUGGUGACACAUGGGAAUUAUCCGUACGAAAAUUAUUCGAUGCACCUGUGCAUUCUAUAACCUACAUGGAUAUAACUAACGAUGGAAUGAAAGAACUUAUUGUUCUUACACAAAGAGGAGUCCAUAUAUUACAGCAUAACACGGUACUUGUCAAAGAUAAGUGGAAAGAAAUGUUUAAGAAUUUAUUAAUUAGAAGUGAUAGGUGAAAAUUG